UCGUCUGAACUCAAAGGAGCAGGCGAAGAAGAAGCUCGGCGGAGGAGUAAUGACCGUCUUUGUCGGGACGCACCGGAGUAACGGGGCUGAGCGCAGCGGCAACAUGGCUGCAGAUUAUUGGGAGCCCGAUAGACCCGAGAAUCCGUCAGACUGAACCGAGCCGAAGAUCACACGGGCCGGACCGGGACAGACCCUCCCGGUGCGGUCUCCAGGCUGGCUGCCCCGCCCCCCUCAGCGUCACGCCCACCUCUGCCCCCCCGGCCCCCCCUCAUGGAGAGGAUGAGGAAGAUCAAACGGCAGCUGUCCCUCACUCUGGGGAGGGGAGGGGCCGGGGGAGGGGGAGGGGACAGGACGCUGAGUGACAGCAUCGCUCAGGAAGUGACAUCACACAGCGACUCAGAGGUGUCUCUCCGUUCCUCUGGUGGUUUGAAGGUUCGAGCUUCGUCCUCUUCUGUUCAGUCUUUGCUUCAGUCGUACAGCAGCUCGCUGAGGAAACCCCGCGGCCUCGGACGCAGCCUGAGCUCCUACCUGAACCACACCACCAGACUGGAGAUUGUCCAUGAAGAUGUGAAGAUGAGUUCAGAUGGAGAAAGUGACCCGGCUUCUUCCUCAGACGACGUCCAGAGUCCAGUCAGAGUCAGAAUGAGGAACAAGAAGAUCUCCACCGAGGACAUCAAUAAACGCCUCUCGUUGCCUGCCGACAUCCGUCUUCCAGAGGAUUACCUGGAGAAGUUUAACGUGAUUGGUCCGGCUUUGUUUGAGCAGCCAAUCAGCAGGCGGCUGCGGAGGGUGUCUCUGUCAGAGAUCGGUUUUGGGAAACUAGAGACUUACAUCAAACUGGACAAACUGGGAGAGGGGACGUACGCUACCGUCUAUAAAGGACGCAGCAAACUGACUGAGAACCUCGUGGCUCUGAAGGAAAUCCGUCUGGAACAUGAAGAAGGAGCUCCGUGUACUGCGAUCAGAGAAGUGUCUCUGUUGAAGGAUCUGAAACACGCCAACAUCGUCACGCUUCAUGACAUCAUCCACACUCAGAAGUCCCUCACGCUGGUGUUUGAGUAUCUGGACAAGGAUCUGAAACAGUAUCUGGACGACUGUGGGAACAUCAUCAACGUUCACAACGUCAAACUCUUCCUUUUCCAGUUGCUGCGUGGUUUGUCGUACUGUCACCGGAGGAAGGUUCUCCACCGGGACCUGAAACCCCAAAACCUGCUGAUCAACGACCGAGGAGAACUCAAACUGGCAGAUUUCGGUUUGGCUCGAGCCAAGUCGAUCCCGACCAAGACGUACUCCAACGAGGUGGUGACGCUGUGGUACCGCCCCCCCGACAUCCUCCUGGGCAGCACCGACUACUCCACCCACAUCGACAUGUGGGGAGUCGGUUGUAUCUUCUAUGAGAUGGCGACAGGUCGACCUCUGUUUCCUGGUUCCACAGUAGAGGAGGAGCUGCACUUCAUCUUCAAGUUGCUGGGUACCCCCACGGAGCAGAGCUGGCCCGGGAUCAGUACUAACGAGGAGUUUGUGGCGUUUAAUUACCCCCAGUACCGAGCAGAGAGGCUGAGUAACCACACCCCCAGGCUCAGCACUGAAGGAGUUGAGCUGUUGUCAAAGUUCCUGCAGUUUGAAGGGAAAAAGAGGAUCUCAGCAGACGAGUCCAUGAACCACGGUUACUUCAGUAACCUUGGAAACCGAGUCAAGACGCUUCCUGACACAACGUCCAUCUUCAGUUUACCUGAGAUUCAACUGGAAAAAGAAGUGAUGAAACCAACGGCAACACCUGAUACAGCUAUCAGCCCAGCCAGGAGGCGGAGCCUGCUCUUCUGAGAUCACAAGGAGGCAAAGUUCCAUCAAAGAGGGGCGAGGUCUACUUGUAUUACAUCGUGGAGGGGCGGAGUCGACUAUUCUUGGGAGAGAGAGGCAGAGUCUGCUCUGUUUACAUGACAUGGGGGGUGGGGUCUUUUCGUAUUCCGUCGCAUGGAGGAGGAGUCUACUCUUAUAACAUUAAAGAGGGGUGGAGUCUACUGUUGCGUUACGUGGAGGCGGAGUCUUCUCUCAUUACUUGGCAGAGGGGCGGAGUCUGCUGCGGAACAAACAAACGGAAACAGAACAGACUGAAAGGACAGGAAGCGGCGGCCAUGUUGUUUUUUUCGUUCGGGGACAAGAUGCUGCUUCUCUUCUCACAAAUGCAAUAACGAAUCACAGCAGCCACCUGAGGCCAGCUGACCAAUCACAGGCCGGCGUGUUGCCAACGGAAACGGAUUCAAAGCGCAGCCUCAGCUAACGUUAGCGCUUCUCCGGGAAGUUAUGUCUUCCAUUUUCACUGCACGGAUUAAACACACCAACACGGAGUUCUUCUACGUGGAUCAUCAGCUGAGUGUUGUCAGGGCAACGGCUGCAGACUGAAGGAUCUGACGACAACUCAAAGACACAGACGAUGUUUGUCUGCGAGGUUCAGUUUUCAGGUGCUUUCACACGUGAAUGUCGCUCUGGUUCAGGAAGAAGUCGGCAUGUUUAAUCUGGCUCAAUGCUAAGAGCCAGCUAACAGUUUUGUGGUUAUAAUUUUGCGUGAAAAUUUUAGUGAAUCAGGAAACAAUCGACCACUGGAAUUUAUAUUUACCUAUAUAUAUAUAUAUAUAUACACACACAUAUAU